ACUCUGCUCGUGAGAGAUGUACGUAUACAGUACAUGUUCGGUUGUAUAGUAACAGGAGGAGGAUAGUAAGUGGCGUUUUUGAAAUAGUCUGGCACUUGCUAUGUCUUCCGUCUCGUCGGAUUCACUGUCAGAUUCUCUCACGAGGUCGACUUCGGAUGAAGUGCGAAUUGCAGACAGUGUGAAAGGCACGAGAUUAUCGUCUCAAUACGGUGAUGUGAGAGCAUUCGUUCUGUAUGAUCCAGAAAAUCGUGACGAUGAGAAAUUUUACAACGAAGUGUUUGAGCCUAAACUGGCCAGCAUGGGGUGGAAGUGCACAACAGCGAGCCAAUUACAAAGUGGAGUUCCUUGGCUGGAAUGCUUUCAGCAUGUCAUUGAACACUGUUUAAUGCACUUCAUAUUUCCAAUGCCCAACUUGCAGUCAAAAAAUCUUGACCAUAUGCGUCAACUGCUAAUCACUUUUUCUCUCAGCAACAAUGACAAGAGUGUUCUUAUGCCGAUCACAUUUACUCACAGCAACUAUGUUCAUCAAUACUGUAAUCAUCUAACUGUACUUAAACUGGACACUACUAAUCCAGAUGGAAAUACAGUUGCUUGGGAGCAUAUUCAGGAUUGGAUUGACGACUUUGGUGAACAUCAGAAUGUUGAGAUUGUUGGUCAGACUGCUGAUGGUGAUGUUUUCCAAAGUUCACAGGAAUGGAGACAAUCACAACCUGUUGCUAUUGGAGAGUCUAGUACUAUAAAUACUAUUUGUAGCUCUGGUGGUUCUGAAACAGUCAGGCAAAGGACAGCUUUGAAGUCAAACAUCCGCAAACCUGUGCCGGAUGUUACAAACGAUGUGGAUAAGUCUGUUCACCUCUUGGUAUUUCAUUUGAAAUGGACAACUUGGUUGACCUCUAAUCAGUUUUUAUGUAUUUGGCUGGUUGUUGUUUUUAUUAGCUUUUUCCUGGAGAUUGACAAGACAAUGUCCACCUUAUCCUCAAGUCCAGAGCAACAACAGCAGUUAACAUUAAUAUUAAAGGGAAUGUUUCCAGUCUUUCUAAAGAUAAUUGCUGGCAUUGCUAGCAUGUGGUGCCUUAGACGAAGUGUGUAUAGGCUGAAUUCCUUGAAGCUGUCUGACUCCCUGUCAUCAGACGACAUUGUACAUGUCAGGGAAUACAUGAUUAAGAGAGGGCUACUAAAGAAGAAAUCACAUCUUGACGAUAAAGAUGUGUUACAUGCUUUAAAAGGCUAUUUAUCAUCUUCAGAUAUACACUUCUUGGUUCUCCCUCUGCUUCAUAUUGCUGUGAUGGGAGCUAUGCUAUUCACUCAAGGUCUAUUUUCUAUUCCAUGGUAUGAUCAAUCAUCAGCCAGUCUGAGUAUAUGCACGCUGUGUGUUCUAAUUGAUGCUGUAACAAUCAUUGGUACGAUUGUCUUUUGUCAAAUUGCUGUGUCUAUGUACCACCUCCAGUACAGAAUAUUAAUUGAUAUCUAUGAACAAGCAGCUCACAGUACACCUGCAGAAACUGCUGGUAGUCGCAUAUCACCAUCUGCUUGUGGUCCAGGAAUGCAAAACAGUUGGGAAAAACUGGGAACUGAAGUUGGAACAGCGUCAAAGAUUUGUCUUCAGAUUCUUACUGUUGCAAGUGUGGUUCAAAUUUAUAUGAUUUUCUAUUGUCUUUACAAUUACCAGUGGAGAACAGUUAUGGACAUCAUUGCAAUUGCACUGUUACUGUUCACUGAGGCACUAUCUAGUUGUCCAUCAAGAUGGAUGAAAUUGACAGGACUGGUAUGCAGCACCAUUUCGUUUCUGGCACUGGCUAGACAUUCAGUGACUGCUAUUCCCUAUGGAAAUAUUUACCUGAUAUUAUUCAGGCUUCUAUCAAUCAAACUAACGUUUGUCCUUGUGUUACAUUAUCGUCUCAUGGUCGUCACCAAGGACUGCCCUUUUCCCUGUCAUUUUGUGAAACAUAUUCGUAGGAAGAGACUACUUUUUGUUGUAGCAGUAUUUCUGAUAGGAAGUUUGGUAGAGCUUGUUUUUGCUACGUAA